CCAGCUCACCUAGUAUCCAUUAGUCUCGCGAACAGGACACAUCAGAUGCGCCAGUAGCUUACCAUAAAGCAAAAUAUCUUACCAAGCAGGCCACCUAAAAAGAACAAGUGAAGUAACAUUCGGGAACAUUCAGUGUCAUAAAGUGACGUGCUUUCGGAAAAACCAAGUAAAGACGCUAAUGUUUUGGUGAUUUGUGAACCAUAAUCUAGCAAAGAUACUGUCACAUCUAUUGGAUUGAGGUAGCACCGUGCAUUCCGUGAGACACCGCCGGCGAGCCAUGCUGCGACCGUCGUGGGUGAGGAGUGUUCGCGCGCCCGCCUCGCAAGUCACCUAAGUGAUGUGAACCACCUCCGCAAUACUGGUGAACUGAUCACCAUGCCGGCACCGAUCCUUGUCUACAUCACCUCCGUUACUUUUCUCUGGCUAUGUGUGAAUGCGGACGAGUCGCCGCCAUUAGCGGUGCCGCGGGCAGGAAACGGGACGGUGGAACCACCAGACCCGCGCUCGCCCUUCGGCCGCGUGCCUCCUUACCAACCACCAGCGAUGGCGCCGGUCCCGAUACAGGGGAUACGCAGAGAUUCACACAGUCCUUACACUCGCGUGGAACCUUGGAAUCAUCGCUCCACUGGCGAUAAGGAAUCUUACGUCGUGGCAAUGGAUACAGACGAAAACGAGGACGAUGGUGGUUGUCAUCUACCAUGCCUCAAACAACAUUUCUCGUGUCAGGUAUCAUGUACAUGCAUACCAAUGGAAAAACGGUGUGAUGGUGUGGCGGACUGCGCGGAAGCCGAAGACGAGGCAGGUUGCGGGAGAUCGUGUGACGAGCACGAAAAUCGCGAGAUAUGCCACAAUACCAACGUGUGCAUUGCUAUCGAGUGGAAAUGCGACGGUGACAACGACUGUGGAGAUUUCUCCGAUGAAACACAUUGUGGCGCAGCAAACUGCACCUCCGAACAAUUUCAAUGCGCCAACGGUUUAUGCAUCCACAAAGAUUGGGUGUGUGAUGGCGACAACGACUGCCGCGACAAUUCCGAUGAAACCAACUGCACCAGGGGCAAAUGCCGCGACAAUCAAUUCAUGUGUGCGAUUGGUGAAUGCAUAUCGUUGCAUUGGCGCUGUGACAAAGAAGCCGACUGUCCUGACAACUCCGAUGAAGCUGAAUGUCCUGUCGACUUGCUUCGUUGCGGCGAGAACGAAUUCCAGUGUGAUAAUAAGAAAUGUAUACGGAAAGAGUUCCAAUGCGAUGGAGACAACGACUGCGGCGAUUGGACUGAUGAAGACACCUGCCCCAUGAUGCCGGGUAGCUGUAAUGCCGGCGAGUUUAAGUGUAGCGAUGGAAAAUGUAUUCCGGAACGAUGGAGAUGUGAUUCGGAACGAGACUGUUCAAAUGGAGGAGAUGAGCUUAACUGCGAACCACAUGCAAUGCGCAAUUGCACCUCAGACGAGUACAAAUGUACAGAAGGACGAUGUAUUUUGAAAACUUGGAUAUGUGACGGAGUUCGUGAUUGUAUGGAUGGCGAGGAUGAAACGAAUUGUAAAGUUUUUUGCGAAGAAGAUCAGUACAUGUGCAAAUCCCAAGAGAAUCUUAUCAGUAAUGCAUUCAGAAAUUGUGUGAAUAGAAAACACGUGUGCGAUGGUAUGAACGAUUGUCCUCGUGGCGAUGAUGAAGAGAAAUGUCCAGUUAGAAGGAGUUGUGGUUCCGAAGAUAAAUGUGAGCUGAUAUGUAUCACUACCUACGAUGGUUUACCUGCUUGUGAUUGUCCUUUGGGAUUCCUGUUAGCCGAUGAUGGAUACAGUUGCCGUGACAUCGACGAGUGUAUGUAUGAACAAGACCCAGUAUGCUCUCAGACUUGCUCGAAUACUGUAGGAAGCUUUCGAUGCGGCUGCAUGACUGGUUAUGUAUUGAGACCAGACGGUAGAUCAUGUAAACCCACUGGCGAAUCUCCCACAUUACUCUUUUCGAAUCGCGUCGGAAUACGACAGGUUUGGUUAACUGGAGAUAAUUAUAUGUCGGUGGUGAAAGGACUUCAUAACGCUGUUGCUUUAGAUUUCCAUUACGAAAAGAAGCUUGUAUUUUGGGCAGAAAAUAAUUUGAGAGUAAUACGUGUUGCUCAAAUGAAUAACAAUAACAUGUCAGAUGUUAUAAGAUGGGGUUUGGAGACACCAGGUGGUUUAGCCGUUGAUUGGAUACACAAUCUAUUAUUCUGGACAGAUUCAGGCACCAGAAGAAUAGAAGUGGCAACACUUGACGGUUCUCAGCGGGCUGUAAUUGCUGCGAAUGAUCUUGAUAAACCUAGAGCUAUUGCUGUACAUCCCGGGGAUGCUUUAGUGUUUUGGACUGAUUGGGGUCCGAACCCAAAAAUAGAGCGAGCAGAUAUGGAUGGUAGUAGACGGAAGACUGUCAUCUAUGAUAACAUAGUAUGGCCCAAUGGUCUUACUAUUGAUUAUAUGGAAUCAAAAAUAUAUUGGGCUGAUGCUAAGCACCAUGUAAUAGAAAAAGCUACAUUUGAUGGCAGGGAACGAAAACGGAUCACCAAUAAAGGAUUACCGCAUCCAUUUGCAAUGACUUUAUUCGAGGACGCAAUUUACUGGACCGACUGGCACACUAAAAGCAUAUCAACUGUUAAUAAGAAGACCGGAAUGGGUAUACAAACCGUUCAUGCUGGAAUAAACGUUCCAAUGGACAUUCAUAGUUACCAUCCCUUGCGUCAGGUGAAGACUUACAAGAAUCGGUGCAAUGGAAACAAUGGAGGCUGCUCACAUUUAUGUCUUCCAAACAGUAAUGGCCGAACUUGUCGAUGCCCUGUUGGGUUCAACCUUAUUUCUGACGGUCAAACUUGUGAAGAAACCCCGGAAAAAUUAUUAUUAUACGCACGCCGCAAGGACAUCAGAUUGAAGCAGUUGAACCCUAAAAAGCCAACAGAUUCAUUAGACAUGGUGAUACCAGUGGAAAAUAUAAAGUCAGCUGUAGCUUUGGAUUGGGAUCAUAAUACAAAUUCAAUAUACUGGACUGAUGUAGAAAAAGAUACCAUCAAUCGUGCUUACUUGAAUGGUUCUCAUCAAACAAUUAUUGUAGGAUCAAAUCUAAUAUCCCCAGCUGGUUUAGCAUAUGACUGGAUUACCAAUAAACUGUAUUGGACUGAUGCGGGUACGAACAGAAUAGAAGUGGCAAACGCAAACGGUAGCAUGAGGACCUUAUUGGCUUGGGACAAAAUCGAUAAACCACGGGAUAUUGUGGUUGACCCUAAAGGUGGUGUCAUGUAUUGGUCUGAUUGGGGAGCAGUUCCUUGUAUUGAACGGGCAGAUAUGGACGGUGGUAAUCGCAAACGAUUGAUCUUUGGGAACAUGACUUGGCCUAACGGUUUGGCACUUGAUCUCGCUAACGACCGUAUUUACUGGACAGAUGGGGGUAACCGUACAAUCGAAUACGCCUUCCUUAAUGGUACCGGACGCACCACUUUGAUUGGUCAACAUCUUCCUCAUCCUUUCGGUUUGGAUUUGUAUGGUGAUGAAGUUAUUUGGACUGACUGGGAAACACAAUCGAUACAAGCUGCCAAUAAAUAUACAGGCGAUAACAGACGAACAUUAGGUGCCGGAGUAGCGGGCCUCAUGGAUGUGAGAGUAUUUCACAAAGAACGAAUAAGUGGUGUCAAUCAAUGCGGCAAGAAUAACGGUGGCUGCUCGCAUUUGUGCCUCUUGAAACCUGGGGGUCGUAGCUGCGCAUGUCCAAUUGGAAUAAAACUCAAUAAGGAUGGCAAAACAUGCGCAAAUGGUCCUACCAAUUUCUUAAUAUUCGCUCACCGUCUAGACAUUCGCAUCGUGUCUUUAGAUGUACCUUACCUUAUUGAUGUUGUUUUACCGUUACCACCGCUCAAAAAUGCACUUGGUGUUGAUGUUGAUCAAAGAACAGGGCACAUAUACUGGACGGAUACUGGUGAAAGAAAAAUUCAACGUUCAACUAAAGCCGGUGAGAAUAUAGAAACAAUAAUUGGUAAAGGGCUCAAUACUGCAGACGGGAUUGUGAUAGAUUCAUCCGGUCGAAAGAUAUAUUGGACCGACGGUGGACGUAACAGUAUUGAGGUCGCUGAAUUAGAUGGAAGUAAUAGAAAAGUUCUUGUGUGGACUAGUUUAGAUUCUCCUCGAGCAAUAGCGUUACAUUAUGAACAUGGCUACAUGUUCUGGUCUGAUUGGGGGCAUGCAGCUAAAAUCGAAAGAGCAGACAUGGAUGGCAAUAAUAGGCGUGUUAUUGUGGAUAACAAUAUCAAAUGGCCGAACGGUCUUGCUAUCGAUAAUGUAGAGGGUCGGCUGUACUGGAACGAUGCGAAGAUUUUAACGAUUGAAAGCUCUGACUUCAACGGCAACGACCGUCGCACGGUACUCAGCAAGGUCUCGUAUCCGUAUGGCAUUGUGAUCGUGGGCCCACACAUCUAUUGGACAGAUUGGAAAACAAAAGCACUGCACAGAGCUAAUAAGACUAAUGGAAAAGAUCCGUUAGUUAUUAGAGAAAAAUUGGAAGGUCUUAUGGAUAUUCGAGCUGUUCAGGGAGAAAAAAUAUUAGAAAACGCCUGCGGUACAAACAACGGUGGCUGUUCGCACCUUUGCCUAAGAUCGCCUCACGGCUACUCGUGUUCGUGUCCCACAGGAAUACUGUUUGAAAACCAAACGGAACCAAAUCCUAAGAUCUGCAAAAAGCAUCCCGAUAGCUUCCUCUUGUUUGCGACAAGAACGAGCGUAGCAAUAUUAUCGCUCGACACCCCGGAACAGUGGGACGUCACUUUACCUCUGACAGAUGUACUAAAUUCUAUUGCUGUUGAUUUCCACUGGGAACGUAAAUUGCUAUUUUAUACUGACGUCAACAGUGAUAUUAUAAGGUCAAUCAACAUGUUAAAUAUGAGUGAAACGAGAGUUGUAAUAAAAGGCCGAUUGGACAAUCCAAACGGUGUUGGAAUAGACUGGAUCGCCAAUAACAUUUAUUGGACGGAUAACGAAUUUAAAGUAAUCGAGGUGGCAAGAUUGGAUGGUUCAUCAAGGAAGACUUUAAUUAGUGAUCUCACUGAACCUAGAGCUAUUGCUCUAUUUCCUGCUAAAGGAUACCUUUAUUGGAGCGACUGGGGUGAAAACCCUUGCAUAGAAAGGUCUUAUCUAGAUGGAAGUCAAAGAAAAACAAUUGUGGCUCAAGAUUUAGGAUUCCCCAAUGGUAUAACCAUCGAUUAUAGGGAGAGAAGAUUAUACUGGACAGAUGCAUUGAAAGACAGAAUUGAUACGUCAGACUUGAAUGGACAUCAUAGGGUUCAGUUGGUGCCAGAAGCUAAAAAUCCAUUCGGUAUGACACAGUUCAACGAUUAUAUUUACUGGACGGACUGGUACAAGAAAUCGAUAAUGAGAGCAGACAAAAGAACUGGAAAAAAUAUUACUGCUAUAAGAACAGAUCUAGAAAUGCCGAUGGAAAUAAAAGCUGUAUCAUCUGAGAAGCAACACGGGUGGAAUCCGUGCAAAGAAGAGAACGGAGGCUGUUCUCAUCUCUGUCUGUUUAGGGCACACGAUUAUAUUUGUGCUUGUCCAGAUGAAGCCGACUCUAGACCGUGUGCAACAGUACCAAAAACUCGCGUCGACUCCAAGAUGCCAUCACUGUAUCCAUCCAAUUAUGACUACGCUGAUAAUGAAGUUGGCGAUAAGCUGGUGCCAUUACCGACAGCGGUGCCAGAAUCAAGCGUCGGCGCGAUCGUAAUUGUGGUGGGCAUAAUGAUAACUCUCAUCAUCGGUAUACUCGUGAUAGCAUUCGUUUGUGUGAGGAUCAACCGGGAACGCGGAGGCGAUUUGAAGGAGAACUACAGCGAAUCGAGCGGUCACAUUUCUUUCCACAAUCCUAACUACAGUUGCACGGCGGGCACUGGAGUCGAAGCCCUGGAACGUCGGCCCAACCGUUUCCAAGGCAUUUUCAAAUAUGAUAAAAAUCAGGAACGCGUGACGAACGUUUACAUCCCGGAAGGGACGAGUUUACUGCCUCCACCGCCCCCGCCGCCGCACCGGCAGCCACCGUCGCGUCCCGCCACGCACGACGACUUCGAGCCGGUCACGUUACACCCAUUCGCUUGAAUUCACCAAUAAAGCGAGAUGAGCGAAAUGAUACGGAUAAAGCUUACGGAUAAAAUCGAGUAGCUAGUAGUAGCGAUGAUAACAUGAUAAUCAAUGUAGGAUAGUUGCGUCUACAACUAAUGGAAUUAGAACGGAGGCAGCUACGGAUUCGAGGAUUCAAUUGUGACGCUUUUUUGCAUAUCGAUCUCAGUUCGACUCGCCCUUUAAUAGAGUCAAUUUGAUACAAUAAAGAAAGCUACACACCUUAUUUGCAUUUAAUACGAACGCGCGACGGAAGUGUACAAAUAAAAUGAACAGUAACCAAGUGUGAAAUACAAAAUGUACAGUUUACGACUGGGACGUAGUCAGUUGCGUUUGUAUCUGUGAGCCUCCGUUCCUGCGGACGGUAGACAAUGCACUCAAUUAGAUGCCCCUCUAUAUCUAACUAUAGUGAAUAUUAGUACAUAUGUAUGUUCCAUAUGUACUUACUAUAUCUGACAACAAUAAUAAUGAACGUUAUAGAUUCUACAUCGUGUUAAAAUCUUGAUGUGUUUGUUACAUAAAUAAGUAAGUUCAUGUGUAUAUUUAAUGAAAUUUCAUGUCAAAUGCUGAACGAUUUGUUGCACAUAAUAUGCAUACGGUCGGCCUAUAUUUUAUAUUUUGUAACCAUGCGUUGCAAUUCUGAUGGUUUUAACCUUUAGUUGAUAGGUAGCAUUAUCACUAUUAAGUUUAAUUGAUUGCUAUCAGUCUAUUGUUGAAUAAGUUUGCUCAUUCCGAUUUAUAUAUCUAUUCUAAUAAUUGUCAAUUGCAGAUUUGAAGAAUAUCUGAAAGGAUAUAAUAUUGUAGGUACCUACGUUAAGAUCACGUUGUUAGUUAAUAAUAUACUGAUACCAAGUGCAAUGUUAAUUUGAAACAUGGUUUCAUUUGAAAUGUCAAAACGUAGAAUGGAUUAGCAAUUAGCUUAUAUUGAGCUAAUAUAAGUUGAUAAACUUCCUAAGAUACUGAAUGCCGUCAGAUAUGUGGGUAUGUGUUUUGUCAUAUUUAGAAAAUGUAAUACAGUCAUAUGAAAUAUGGUUAAUGUUAUAGUUUAUAGAUAUAGGCAGAUAUUAGAUAAAUAGAAAAUGAAGGCGACAAUUUGCCAUGUAAAUAGACGUGUUUACUUACAUUAUUUAAAGAAGAAUACCUACUCUCUAUAUUCGACAUAAAUUUUCAAUAAAAUUAAAUGAAACCAUAGGAAUAAAUUCUAAAUAAAUUUACCACGGUAGCACGCCAAUACAUUCAGAAUUCCACCAGAUGUCAUUUGUGUUGGAGUUAGAGUUUUGAACGCUAUGAUACCGGAAUGUGGAUUUACUCUAUUAAAAUAUUUUUGCGUGAUACCGGGGUAAAAGAACUGAAGUAUAAAAUUAUCAAGUAUACAUACAUAAUGAGUGGAUUUAAUAUAUUUUAUAUGGGAAUGGAGUGAAAGAAAUUAAUUACUAUUAUUAUUUUUAUACAAGCCUCCUCCCUUUCAAUACCCUUAGGCUCAAGGGGGUAUAAGUGAGGACUGCUACUAUAUAUUUAUAUAUAAACUUACAAUUACGAUUAUAUAAUAAUAGAUGUAUAGAGGUAUGGGAUCACAUGGAUGUAUUGUAUAUGAGGAAUAGACAGUGGGACAAAUCUCCUCGUACAUCUACCGACCUCCUCGGACUGGUGGGUGGAAAAUGUUUAAUAUGAAAAACAAUACCACAAAAUUUACAGUUUCCUAAACAUUUGAGAUAGCAUAUGAUGGCAGUGUUUGUAGAUUUUUUAUAUUUAUUUUGCCGAUUUCCUUAAUAAAGAAUUCACUCUUAGAAUUAAUUCACCAAGAUAAAUAUGGUGACAAUAAAAUAUCAAUGUAAAUAGUUAGUUUUAAUUACGACGUUUUUUGUCAGACAAAUCGAUAAUGAUAUUGCAUUGUAAAUAAUAGUUUAAUUAUACUCGGUAUGCUAUACAGAGGCACCAGUGUCCUAAAUCGAAACAAUAUUUCAUUUCAACUAAUGCGCCCACCAAUGUCGUUGUUAGGGUUGCCACAUAAGCAUGCACCUUUCAUAUCAGAGCAAUUCUUUAGCCUUUAUCUAGAAUAUAACAUUGGCUACGCUCUUGUAUGGUUAGUUUGGAACUGUUCUCUAUGUUACGACACCAUAACUGAGUACAAAGAAAAAACACGAGGACACCUACUUGUACUUUUAUUUGUACAAGUGUAUAGUGUUACCAUAUUUUUUGUUCAUUUCUGGAUUAAUUGCGUCUUGGAAACAAGAGGACGUAAAUAAUGUUUCACAGGGUGUUUUAAUCUAAGGUAGAGUUAGGAUGGGAGACAACUCCGACGACGAAAUAUAUUUUUAUUAGUUCUCAAGUUUAUAAUUGAUUAGAUGACGUUUUAUUAAAUAAUGCACAGAACCUAAGCAUGCAAACAAAAUAAAUAUCUAAAUCGUAAAUAAAGUUCCUUUUUAACAUUCGUAAAAGCAAAGUAAAUGUAAAACGUCCACACCAUAUUUAUGUUCUUUAAAAGAAUAACUGUAUAAAUGUGUGGAUAGCCUUAUGAUAUUCUUGAAAAGUUACACAAAUCCAGUUUACACUUAGCAAGUAAUUGAACAAUAUCAUUUUCAUAGCAUUUAAUACGUGUCCAAUUUGAUUUUGUAAAAAAUUAUAUAUAUUAUGUUAUUAUGACUGUGAGGACAGAAAAUCACUAAAUCCGCCCCCGAUUUAAAGUUACUAAUACAUCAUUUAUGUCUAUCGAGACUAUUUCAAUAAAAAAGAAGAGAUAUUUCAACCCUCUUUCGUUUAACUACGUAAUGGUUCGUCUAAAGGCGGAUUUAGACUAAAAGAACAACUUAGAUGAUUGUUUGCAAGAUUGUUGUUAAAGUUGAGCAAUUGAGCAAAGAAACUAUGCUGUCUCAUGUUUAAACGAAAAUUGGAGUUGGGGAAAAAGUGGUUUCGCUUGCUUGGUCUAAAUCCACCUUAAUAUACCCCAUGAAUAAUACGAAUUAAAGAGGUUUGGAAGAUCAACAGAUAGCGAAGUGUUUCAUAUUAGUUCUAAGGAUAUAUUUUAUGUAAAUCCGUUUUGUUAUAUAGCUUAUAAGGAAAGAGACAGUUAAAAUAUGUGAGUGCUGUGAUACCAGAUGCUUUGUGAGAUAUAGAAUGGGUAAUCAACGAUGACGGUUAUUUGUUUAUAGAUAUACAUAUAGUAUAUAUACUAUAUUUAUUUCGUUGAUGUCCAAACCGUUGUAACGAAGUCGAAUUAAUCUGCGAAAUGCACAAAGAUGCACGCACAUACUCAACGCACAAUGCGUAUUCAUUCAUUAUAUUCUUAAAAUAUUACAACUAUUAAUUUAUAAUUUUUUAAUUAAUAAAUUCUAAAAUAAAUACAAAGUAUUGUGCGAUAUGUGCCAAAUUAUUUAUUAUUAUUUUUUAUUACUUUGGAUAUAAAACUAUGUAUAGUGAAGUAAUUAGGUAACGAAUUAAACAGCUUUUACACCUUUGAGGGCCUCCUUAGCGAGGUGUUGAAACUGUUGUCUGAUUUAUUAUUGUACUGAGAAUUUAAAAAUAGAAAUUAUUCGAAUAA